ACAAAGGGUGGGCACCUCAGGGCCUCUUAUCUCUCCGUUGUUAGCUGCUACACAGCUUGAGGCUAGACCCCGGCAUCCUUCAUCCCAAUGAUAUCACAACCCGGGGCGCGGGUUAGGCUGCUUCUUGUCUUUCAGCUGGACUUUCCCAACAUAUAUGCGUGCGGGAACGUUGCGGAUAACCGCCGUAUCUUGUGAGACCUUUACAUGAUGUUGCCUAGCGAAACAUUUUGACUUUUACAACUUCCAAAAUUUCCUUUGUCCAGAUCCAACCAAGAUGUCGACGACGUACAUCCUAGGCUCUAUUAACCAGAGCCGUGGAUCAACCUAUGACUUCUCAUCAGAAAGUCCCCUUGCCGAGAUCCAACCAUCUAGGCCCUCUAUUGCUAAUCUAAUAUACCUUCAUCUAACAUGGUCGACGCUCUGGUUUACGUUACUAUGUUUUUUCGUCGUAUUAAACAUCAAGAAUAUGCCAUUUAUGUGGCAUCUUCGACUUGUUAAUGCUUUCCGUUUUAUCUUACGAACACAACGGCCAGCCGUGCCGCUCACGCCUACUCAUAUCUUUCAACCUAUCAUCACAUCUUCCACGGCACAACUCAUGGAGAUUGACUUCAACAUGCACAAAUCUAAUUCAUCAUAUUUCGCGGACGUUGAUAUCGCACGAACUCAUCUUGUCUGUACGUUAUUCGCGAAGGGCAUCGAUCAGAUGCGCGGUGGAACCGCUGCAUACACCGGGUCUAGGAAGCCCGUGUUCGGCCUUGCGCUCGGCGCAGUAUCAUGCAACUUUAAGCGCGAAGUACGCCCAUAUGAAGAGUACGAAAUGUGGUCUAAAAUUCUAGCCUGGGACGAGAAAUGGAUCUACAUCGUAACCCACUUUGUCCGCAAGGAUGCCGCCAAACCAAGGAAUUAUUCACUGUAUCCCGAGCAGUCAUCGAGCCAGAGUCGACGGAAUAGCACUACAGAAUUGGAUGAAGACCAACUAUGUCACCCUAGUCCUGACAGCGUAUCGUCCAACAGCAGCAACAUGGAAAAUGAAGUCAAGCCGGACAAGCACAUCUUUGCCACAGCUUUAAGUAAAUGCGUCUUUAAAUCCGGACGUAAGACUGUUUCACCGGAACUCAUGCUACAAAUAUCUGGGUUAUUACCGGCGUGUAGCUCCGAGGACAAAACUUUCGACGAGGCCACAAUGCAGGGCAUUGAGGCACAGAGACAAAAGGGGCUUGAGACUGCACAGCUCCUUGCCGGUCAGACCCAACAGAACCUCGAGGCCGAGUUCGCGGGCGCGGACUGCGAGGCCUUGGGAAGACACACGGAUGGUGCAGGCAUUGUUGGAGUAGUCAACACUCUCCUGCAGCUUGCGCGUUUGAAAAAGACGCAGGUAUUAUGAUCAUCACUUAUCUAUCACCUCUCGUUUUCAGCAACAGUAAUCACAGUGGCGUUCUUGAGAUACGUCAGUUGCAUUCCAUCCAUCUAUAGCGAUAGCUUCAUUAUUAUUGUACCAUAUCCCUAGCACACGGCACCCUACAUACUCACAUACAUACCUUGCAUUAUGUAUGCAGUUCAAAGUAUAAUGAGCUGAUAUCAUACGCACAUUUCAAUGCAACAUAAACAAUAAGCAUGGUCCCUUUGGAACGAUUGGUCAUGGUAGUGGGCACAUAUCUAGGGGUCAUACAUAAGGGCAGUGGUUGCAUAUUCUAAUAAUCUUAAUAUAUACUAUAUAGGUAGGUAAUCUUAAUACGAGAUGACCCCCAACUCUAUCUUGCAGUUGGAGAAGCUUGGUUCGACCACGUCGGUCGCGUGCGCGGCUGGAAGUAAACAGGGGGAAACAAAAUGUUACAUUUGUAAGCUUCUUGUUGGUAUUCCCGGCUCUGUGGCGUUUAGGACAAAUUUAAGGGUAGCUCAAAAAAAAAUAUAUCCCUUGAAAGAAUAAGCCAGGGACGUAGUUUAGUGUAAACAUAGAUAGGCUUAUGCUGGGGAUACAAAGAAGCCUGAAUGUUAGUAAGAAACAAGUUAUUUUUAUUUUUAUAUCUACCAAUC